AUAAAUCAAUGAUGAUGAUUUUGAUCAUUGUUACUUUUACCUAAUGUUCAUCUUUUGACAUUUUCAUAAAGUAUCAUUAUUAACCUUCAUGAUCAAAACAAUGGCGGGUUCUGCACUAAGACGAUUAAUGGCAGAGUACAAACAAUUAACCUUAAAUCCACCUGAAGGCAUUAUUGCUGGUCCAAUAAAUGAAGAAAACUUUUUUGAAUGGGAAGCUUUAAUCACUGGUCCUGAAGGAACAUGCUUCGAAGGAGGUGUAUUUCCUGCAAAACUGAUAUUUCCACCAGACUAUCCCUUAAGCCCACCAAAAAUGCAAUUUACUUGUGAAAUGUUUCAUCCAAAUAUUUAUGCAGAUGGGAGAGUAUGUAUAAGUAUAUUACAUGCACCUGGAGAUGAUCCAAUGGGCUAUGAAAGUAGUGCAGAAAGAUGGAGCCCAGUUCAGAGUGUAGAAAAAAUAUUGUUAAGUGUGGUAAGUAUGUUAGCAGAGCCAAAUGAUGAAAGUGGAGCAAAUGUUGAUGCUGCCAAAAUGUGGAGAGAAAAUCGGCCAGAAUUUGAAAGAAUUGCUCAGAAGCUAGUUAGGAAAACUCUUGGUAUUCCACCUUAAAUUAGGAUGUUUAAUAUUUAACUGGAAACAAAAGUGUAAUUAAAAUGUCAUGUGGUUCAGUGAAAAAUAUAUGUUGUAUUUAAAAUAAUAAAAUUUUAUUUAAGUUUAA